UGUAGACGUUGAGCAUAUUUUUUUUUAAUUGAUGUUUCAUGCUUUCCAUCCCAGCUACUUUGUAUGCCUUAAGGUUUGAUUGCAUUGGAUGCUAGAUGCGGUUUCUGGACCCAUUAAUAAUUAACAAAUCAACUUUAUUAAGAGAAUAGACAACUUGCUUUUCAGAAAUCACCCCUUAAAACAUGAGACCAUUUUGCACGUGGAUGGUAGUUUUAAAGCCAUUUUUCCUGAGUGCGUCACGUGCAUCUCUGGAAGAAGUUGACGAUGCAGAAUGAGUUGGUGUUGGAGCUUUCCCCCUGAAGGCAAGAUUCCAGAAUAAUCUAGAUGUGUUUAGGAGAACCUAAAAAUUCUAAGAUCUCUAACUCUUGUGAAUUGUAUGUAGUCCUUACAUGUAUUUUAACCAUGUAGUUAAUAUAAGACCUUGCCGGUCAUACUCAAGCCUAAUUGUUUAAAAACACCACCCUACGCCCAUGCACAUUGCAUUCAUACUAUUGUCUUCCAGACAAUCCUGUCACGCCAUUGUCUACUAAACAACCUCAUUGUAGCUCCUCUCCCCUCCCUUUCCUCACAGCACUCGAGGAUCUUAUCUGACACCAAUUAUGUGCCAUUACGAGGCUCCCAAUUCCCUCACAAUGCAUCAUGUCAGCAAACAACCCCUUGGCCUCAGAUACAACACCUCUCUCCCUCCCCCCGCAAGCGAGGCUACUUCUCGAUGGUCAAUAAUAGGCAUACAAUACGUUUUUAAAAUAGUUACCGGAUUGGUCACUAGAUGGCGACCUUAACACAGCGUUAUAGAGCAUGUGCUGGCGUAGGCCUCGGCCUGCUUGAAGUGUACAGCACUUCAAGUAAAUUAACUUUUUUGUCCGCAACGACGUGUAUAACGUUUGGUGGUGUUUAUAAAAAAGACACCAGAUAAUCGAAUAAUUCAUUUUGAUGUGUAUUAUGUUAUGUUGUGCUGCAACAGAAACGCCACUUCAUGGUGAAAAUCAUGUUACUGUCUGUAAUUCAUUUGAUUGGGACGAAUGCAGAUUGAUACUGGAAAAGCCUACACGUUGUUCCUAUUUCAGUUUAACGUGUCUUUCAUAUAUCUUGGUGUAACACUGGCGUGGAAAAUGAUAGGGGCUGCACGGGGUGUGUUGUUGCUGGGAGAGGAAGCAACAGCGGCGAUUGUAGCCAUAGCAGCGGGACUGGUGUGGAGUCUGGUGAUGGUGUCAUUGGAUGAAACAAGGACUAUUCGUCCCUUCGUCUGUGCCUCCCCAACGCAGCCACGUCAGGGCUGGAGUCAUUUUACGGAGCCAAGGUCUGUCAUGGAGGAAUCAGAAGAUGGAGAAGAAGAGCUCAAGGUCCAACACCCACAGUUGCAGCCACUGAUGGCAUAGAUGGAUGGAGGAAGCAACAGCGGUGGUGGUGGAGAGGAUGCUGCCAGUUUCGGUUUGAGGAAUUUCACACCAGGAGGGGGAGCAGCGGUAACGGCGAGCAAGAUUUCAAACAAUGAUCUAUCAUCGGAAGGCGAGGAUUCCGCGCCUCUCACUUUCACAGGCACCAUAACAUCAGCGCUGCCUUGUGAGAAAGAUGUCUCUGGCUGUGGCGCCUGCAUCCUCAGAGGUGGAGGGGACCUAACAAAUGGAGCGAGGGUAGCCAGGUUGUGUAAUGGGCUUGGAGGUGAAGAUGGCACCGUUAUGACAUGCAACCAAAACGGAGAUUGCAUUAGAGACACUGUUGGUCCGGGGAGCUUGCCCUCAAUUGUCUCUAAACAAGAGACGCAGACAGGUGGUAGGGUCGCGGCUGACGACGACAAAAAAACAACUGUAUGUAAUUCCACCGCCAGUAUGGACGGCUCAAUAACUCCUGCCGGAUCUUCUACACAGGUACAUGGGGCCGAGACGGGCAGCAUUGGGGGCAUAACUGCUGCCAGCGUUGUUUCUGAAAAAAAGGACUCCAGAGUUUCCUUCUCCAAUGCUCCGAGCAGGAAAGCCUCCUCUUCCGUGCAGGGAUUUGGAUCGGGUCCGAACCAGUCCCAGCCCAGGAGCUCUGUCACCUUCUCCAAGUCCGAGGAUGGACCUCACCUCAUGGCAGAGGAUGUGGAAGCAAGUGACAACCAAACUUUCAUGCAGAAACAAUUCAGUGGCAUGCUGCAGCCUGGAGUUAACAAGUUUUCGUUGCGUAUGUUUGGGAGCCAAAAAGCAGUUGAGAAAGAGCAAGAAAGAGUCAAAUCAGCUGGCAACUGGAUUAUCCACCCAUACAGUGAUUUCAGGUUCUACUGGGACUUCACAAUGCUCAUGUUUAUGGUUGGCAAUCUAAUUAUCAUUCCGGUUGGCAUCACCUUCUUCAAGGACGAGACCACCACCCCGUGGAUUAUCUUCAAUGUGGUGUCCGACACCUUCUUCCUUGUGGACCUAGUGCUGAACUUCCGCACAGGCAUCGUCUUCGAGGACAACACGGAGAUCAUCCUCGACCCCAGAAAGAUCAAGAUGAAGUACCUCAAGACCUGGUUUGUGGUCGACUUCGUCUCCUCCAUCCCUGUGGAUUACAUCUUCCUCAUCGUGGAGAAGGGCAUCGACUCGGAGGUUUACAAAACGGCCCGCGCCUUACGGAUCGUGAGGUUCACCAAGAUACUGAGCCUGCUCAGGCUUCUGCGUCUCUCCAGGCUCAUCCGCUACAUCCACCAAUGGGAGGAGAUCUUCCAUAUGACCUAUGACCUGGCCAGUGCGGUGAUGCGCAUCUUCAACCUGAUUGGCAUGAUGCUGUUGCUGUGCCACUGGGACGGCUGCCUCCAGUUCCUGGUGCCCAUGCUGCAGGACUUCCCCUCCGACUGCUGGGUCUCCCUCAACAAGAUGGUGAACGACACGUGGACUGAGCUCUACUCCUUCGCCCUGUUUAAGGCCAUGAGCCACAUGUUGUGUAUCGGCUACGGCCGCCAGGCCCCGGAGAGCAUGUCUGAUAUCUGGCUCACCAUGCUCAGCAUGAUCGUGGGGGCCACCUGCUACGCCAUGUUCAUCGGCCACGCCACCGCCCUCAUCCAGUCCCUCGACUCCUCGCGCCGACAGUACCAAGAGAAGUACAAGCAAGUAGAGCAAUACAUGUCCUUCCAUAAACUGCCAGCGGACUUUCGGCAGAAAAUCCACGAUUACUACGAGCACAGAUACCAGGGGAAGAUGUUUGACGAAGAAAGCAUUUUAGAGGAGCUCAACGAGCCACUACGAGAGGAAAUUGUCAACUUCAACUGUCGCAAGCUAGUAGCUUCCAUGCCUCUGUUUGCCAACGCUGACCCCAACUUUGUGACGGCCAUGCUGACAAAGCUGCGCUUUGAGGUCUUCCAGCCUCACGACUACGUCGUCCGCGAGGGCACCAUUGGCAAGAAGAUGUACUUCAUUCAGCACGGAGUGGUCAGCGUCUUGACCAAAGGCACCAUUGGAAUGAAGCUCUCCGAUGGCUCCUACUUUGGAGAGAUCUGCCUGCUGACCCGCGGGAGACGAACUGCGAGUGUCCGCUCAGACACCUACUGCCGCCUCUACUCGCUCUCAGUGGACAACUUCAACGAGGUGCUGGAGGAGUACCCCAUGAUGAGACGAGCCUUCGAGACGGUGGCCAUCGACCGGCUCAACAGAAUAGGCAAAAAGAACUCGGUCUUAUUGCACAAAGUCCAGCAUGACUUGAACUCGGGGGUCUUCAACAACCGGGAGAACGAGAUGAUCCAGGAGAUCGUGAAGUACGACCGCGAGAUGGUGAAGCAGGUGGAGCUGCAGCGGCCGCGGGCCAUGUCCAUGACCCCCUCCAUGGGCGGGAGCAUGUGGGACCCCUCGCCCUCCGCCCAGCCGUCCGCCAUCGCCACGCUCCAGCAGGCCGUGGCCAUGAGCUUCUGCCCCCAGUUCGCCAGCCCUCGGGUGGGCACAGGCACCCUGCAGUCCCCCCGCAUGGUGCGCCGCUUCCAGGUCCUGCAGAACGUCCCCAGCCCUGUGUCGUCGGCCUUGCUGCUUCAGGCGGGGCAGGGGCAGCAGCAGGCCACCAACCCAGCGCUCUCCGGCGGGGCCUUCACCUCGCCUUCCCAGAGUCCCCUGGCAGCGAGCAGCAGGACUUUCCAGUACGGUUCCAGCCCAAUGGGAGGGGCGGCGUCAGGCUCGCAGCUCUCGCUGAUCCAGCAGCAGCACGUGCCCAGCCCCACGCAUCGGCCCGCCAUCCACCGGCGGAGCACACACUCCCUACAGGACGCCCGGGCACUGUCCGCCUCGCAGCUCUCCCUCCCCUAUGACUGCAGCAGCGGCGGCGGCGGCCUGGGCAUCCAUCCGGCGGAGGUGGCCCCCAGUCCCCCCCAGUCCACGCGGGUCUCCACCACCUCCAUAGGGCCCCCGCUGGCCCCGGCCCAGGCCGGUGUGGCCGGACCCCUGGUGUUCAGGAGCGCUCUGCCCCAGAGGAUGGCUCUGACCCACCAGAUGUCGGUGGGAGCCUUCCCGCCGGCCGCCCUCCCCCCGCUCAGGCCCGCCCCGUACGAGUCCGGACUGCCCAAGAAAGACUCCAUAGUCAGCAUCCCAGAGACGGACCAAAUCAGAGCUAGGCUAUCUUCCAAUUUGUGACCUUGAGGGGGAGACCUUUUAGAAUCCCUUUUCAAUAGGGAUUGUUUUUUGGGGGCUUUUCUGCCCUCCUAAUAACUCGUCCGACCCUCCACCCCA